AUGGAAAAUGUUUUCCUUGACUACUAUUACAAGAUUCAGCCAGAAGUCACCAUCAGUGAUCUUGCUGCCCUCAAGCAGAGUGAAGAUGAACCUGCCCAAGAUUUCAUAACCAGGCUCAGAAAGCUCAAAAUGAAGUGCCGGAUCCUUAUGGAAGAAAGACUAGAUGGCUCAGGCUGCCCUUAA